AUUUUCCCACGUUGGCACCAGACGAAGUAUAAGCAUUUCAUUGCGCAUAGAAUGUAGCAAUUUUGAUGUUGGUUUGCAAACAGACCCCUGACCUGAAGCAAUGUUCCUGAAGCGCGGCAUCUUGUGCGAGGCUGGGCCCGACAGCAAGAAACUUGCCCGAGAGCAGCAUUUAUGUACUCAUUUGUUACAAAGCUUCAUCACAAAGAACAUAGUGGGACUAGCGGUUGAUGUACGGUGAAUGUCGCGCACAUUCUCUUGUUUCUUGCCAACACCUGUGACAGCACAAAAUGCACAGACACAAUGCAACAGGCAGCUGCAGUAGGCUGUGCAAAUGUCAUGCUUCCGGCUUGUUGCCAGUGCCAAACCUGAAGCCUGAAGGUGACGGUUCAGUACACCUGAAGCAGCCCUGAAGCAGCCCUGAAGCGAAAGUGGGGUUCCUGAAGCCCCGGCCAUUCCCCGAGUGAUAGCUGCAGCAGCCGCACAUAGUUGGGCUGCUGUGUUUCUGAAAGCUAUCGUACUCCUUACUAAAUGUGGAUUUCCCUUACAUCAGGUGAACAUCAAUCUGCUAGGCGCGCGCUGCACCAACGGCAGUGAGGCAGGGACGGCAGGCGGGUUUGGAACACUUGGUCAAAACAUUUCUCGCCCUCUUUCGGGUAGCUUUACAGUCGACUACCUGUGUCCCCAAGCAUAUAAUAGGCACCAAGCAGCGCAUCCGCCGGCAGCAACACGUACGUAGCGGCAGCGGCAUGGCCUAUCCUGCGGCGGCCGCGGCCUCAACUAACUACCAUCCUGUUUUUAAACCACAAAGGCAUGACCGCCUCCCAAGCAAACCUGCUGUCGGGGCUGCCAACGUAUGUACCUAUCUCGCCCACCAACCAUGGCGCAGGCUUUGAUGCCGUCAGGAUCCUGAAUGGAACCACCUGGGAUGGGAUCAGGACCGGCGCCGGCGUCGGCGGCGUAGCGCUGCGAUGUGCUGAUGCGGCGGCGCAGCCCGGUGAUGCGCGGAACUGGCUGCCGCUUGGCGCACCCAACCUCAUCCGCGACUCAUCAGCGAGUAAUGCCUCAGCAUUCACGGUUGCUGAGGCCUUCCUUAACCAGCCCCAGAUCUUCGUGUGCGACGCCGGUGCCGCAAUCAGCACCAUCCUUGUGCAGACCGUUACAAUCGACACGCCGCCUGCUGGAUCGGCCCCGGUGGUGACAAGCCUGCAGUUCCUGUGUGCGUCCGGCCCACCACAACCCACUACAUACGCAUCCCUGGCUGAUGUUGCUUCCAGGUACGGAAUCUCGGUCAGUGACCUGGCUCGUGCCAACCCCGCCAUCUUCCCGCUCGGCAUUGCGUCUGCUGCCGGGCGCCUGGAUGCAGCGGCGCUCAACAACACAGAGAUCCGGAUUCCCCUGGUGUGCGGGCCCUCCCCCCUGCAACCUCCUGUCACCACAAUCGCCGCAUCAUGCCCUCUGUACUGGCCACUUCCCAACACCACCAAAUCCGACGCUGAGACCUGUGGCAAUGUGGCUAGGACAUACUACAAGGGCAACCUUUUACAGCUGAACAGUGUCAAUGGAGGCGUGUGCCCCAACGCCAGCACGAUUGCGCCAAGGAGACUCUGCAUUGCGCCGCUUGUAGGCAUCAGCUCUGCUGCUGCCAGCAGCAGCAGCCUGCAGGCUGUCAAGCAGCUGACAACCGGUACGACAGUCCAACCCAUCGGACGGAGGCGCCUGGCUCAGCAGGCGCAGGAGACAAACUCCUCAUCAUGCGGGUUUGGCGCAGCGGGCGGCGUCGUGGCAAAAGGAGAAACUGUCACCUGCAUUGAGAGCCGCUGGGUGCAGGUGGGGCGGUCCUGCGAGGACUUGGCAGUCGCGUACGGACUGAGCAUCUCAACCUUCCUCUCCUACAACCCAGAUCUGGCAUGUGACCAGUUACAGGUGCGUGAGUUGUAGCACCAGAGGCAAGCAAGCAAGGGCUACACGCGCAGUGAUAUUGUUUGAGAAAUAGAAAUAGAAAUAGAUACACCCUGCCGUAGGCAAGUGGUGUGGAUCAAGGGAGUGGGGGGAGAUGAGGAGGUGGGCCAGGCCCGCCUCCUGUACGCCCCCAGUACCGAGCGUGAUAUUGUUUGGAGGGCUGUAGGUCCCGUGACCUUGCGUGCUCACUCAAUGCGUAAUUGCUGUAGGCUGGCAUGGAGGUUUGCGUCAGGACGGGCCAGCUUCGACCUCAGAACCUAGCCAUCAAGAGCUUGGACAUACAACUGCGCCCCUGCGACAACAUCCUGGAAGUGUGUGGACCGCUCGGCAGUUGCCGCAACAAUAACACCGCACCCCUGGGCUACACCUGCACGUGAGCAUGUAUUUGCGCAUACGUUGAACAAAUACGUGUACGUGUGCCAAGCAAUGGAGUUGUUUGUAUUCUGUUUGUGUCACGUACGUGUGUCGGGUUUGGUCCUCAUAGCCCCCAGUAUCUAUCCAUGCAUGCCUGACACGCGCUUUUCAUGUGUGCAGAUGCCUGGGCAAUGCGGUACUCAUCAACGGAAGCACUUGCGUUGGUAAGGCAUUUAUUAUGUGCACGUGAGAUUGUAGAUAGGGGUCUCAGGGGUGUUCAGUGCUUGAUCUUGACUCGUCCUUCCUUUCACA